UCGGCAGCCUCCGUGGUUCUAAACAACACGAACAACCCAAGAAAAACUUUUCGGAACGGUGAACAAUGUGCGGAGGCGCCAUCCUCGCGGAGCUGAUCCCGUCGCCGCGGCGGGCGGCGUCGAAGCCGGUGACCGCGGGCCACCUCUGGCCGGCGGGCUCCGACUCCAAGAAAGCCGGCAGCGGCAGGAACAAGAGGCUCCAGCUCGCCGACGUCGACGACUUUGAGGCCGCCUUCGAGGACUUCGCCGACGAUUUUGACGAGGAGGAGGUUGAGGACCACCACUUCAUGUUCUCGUCCAAAUCCGCAUUCUCCCCAGCCCACGGCAGGAGCGCGGCGAGCCAGAAGAAGCGCGGCCGCCGCCAUUUCCGCGGCAUCCGGCAGCGCCCCUGGGGCAAGUGGGCGGCGGAGAUCCGCGACCCGCACAAGGGCACCCGCGUCUGGCUCGGCACCUUCAGCACCGCCGAGGACGCCGCCCGGGCCUACGACGUCGAGGCACGCCGCCUCCGCGGCAGCAAGGCCAAGGUCAACUUCCCCGCGGCCGGCGCGCGCCCGCGCCGCGGCAACCUGAGAGCCGCGCCGAGACUGCAGCGCCACCAUGCCGCAGCGCAGCCCGCGUUGCUUGCAGGAGAGAAUCAGCAGGAGGAGGAGAUCGCCGUGAAGCCUGAAAUUGAGGCGGCGUUCGACGUGGGCAGCUUCUUCGACAUGACCUUCCCCGCCUUUCCCGCGGCGCCGCCGGCCAUGGGGAGCUCCUUCACCGGCAGCACAGGGUCGGAGUCCGGUAGCCCCGCAAAGAAGCUGAGAUACGACAACGACUCGUCCGAUGGGAUGAGCUCCGGCGGUGGCUCCGCGCUGGAGCUCGCUGACGAGCUCGCGUACGAUCCGUUCAUGGUGCUCCAGCUGCCCUACUCCGGUGGCUACGAGUCCCUCGACGGCCUGUUCGCCGUCGACGCCGCCCAGGACGUGAACGGCGUGAACAGCGACAUGAACGGUUUUAACCUGUGGAGCUUCGACGAGUUCCCCAAUGACAGCGAUGUUUUCUAACGCGCCCUACCAGUUUCGCUCAGCUGUAAGCACCUGAAUUCAUCACCAUGGCCUUUUCUGUUCCUCUUGUUGACUUGUUCAUCGACCACCCUACGUCACGGGCUCUGAUUCUUGGUUCAGGGACGGCGCCGGUGCUCAACCGGACGAUCGAUGCAGCUGAUGAGGGCGACUGCCGAUCGUUUGCUUGUUGAUUGGCGUGUAAUCAUAUGUCAGAGUACUGUACUGUAGUGCUUGAGUUUGCUCGCUAGAUUAUUCUGCAUCUGUACUGCCGGCCUCCUGAUCAAACUGUACUCUACUCUGAAUAUUUGUACUGCUCGUUUGGUGCUUCCUAUUGUGGGUCAAUAAUCCUAUGAAUUUGAUCAUGUCGGCAGUGGUCGUAUAUAUUGUACGGUUUGUGAUUGUUAUGCCAUAUAAGUUUGUGAACCUGGUUCUACAUACUAGCCAUCCUUCCAUGUUUCAGUCUAAGUAUGUAAUAAGGAGAUCAUAAUUUUCUGAA